AUGGCUAAGGGAAGGGUUUGUCUCGCCUACUCUGGCGGUCUUGAUACUUCCACCAUCUUGAAAUGGCUCAUUGAGGAGGGCUACGAGGUUGUGUGCUUCCUUGCGAACGUUGGACAGGAUGAGCCCUGGGACGAGGUCGAGAAGAAGGCGCUCAAGAUCGGUGCGCUAAAGAUGGUCAUCCUUGAUCUCAAACGCGAAUUCGUCGAAGAGCUUUGCUUCCGCGCCGUCCAGUGCAAUGCCAGCUACGAGGGACGAUACCUCCUCGGCACGAGUUUGGCCCGCCCCGUCAUUGCGCGUGCGCAGAUCAAGGUCGCCCAGCAGGAGGGUUGCGGAUGGGUGAGUCACGGUUGCACAGGCAAGGGCAACGACCAAGUCCGGUUCGAAUUGGCGUUCUACACACUCCAGCCUUCCAUCAAGGUCAUCGCACCAUGGAGGCUCCCCGAGUUCUGCGACAAGUUCAAGGGUCGUCAGGACCUCCUCGACUACGCCGAGCAGCACAACAUCCCCGUCACAUCCACAAAGGCGAAGCCAUGGUCCAUGGACGCCAACCUCGCGCACUGCAGCUACGAAGCCGGCAUCCUCGAAGACCCUGACAAGUCGCCCCCAGACGACAUGUGGACCAUGACCGACUCGCCGCUCAAUGCACCCAACGAGCCCCAGAACAUCACCAUCAAGUUCGAAAAAGGUAUUCCCGUCGCAGUUGUGGCAGGCGAUAAGACCUACACCGACAGCGUCGAGCUCUUCGAGUUCCUCAACAAGCUCGGCUACACGCACGGCAUCGGCCGCAUCGACAUCGUCGAGAACCGCUUCAUCGGCCUCAAGUCCCGCGGCUGCUACGACUCCCCCGCCAUGACUAUCCUCCGCCUUGCCCAUCUCGACCUCGAGGGCCUCGUCAUGGACGCUCAGGUCCGCGCCCUGCGCGACCAGUUCGUCUCCCACAGCUGGAGCUACCAGCUCUACAACGGCAUGUACUUCAGCCCCGAGCGCGAGUUUGUCGAGAACUCGCUGCUCUUCAGUCAGAAGCGCGUCAACGGCGAGGUGCGGUUGAGCCUCUACAAGGGCAACGCGUAUGUGCUCGGACGAUCAAGCCAGACGGAGAAGUUGUAUAGCGAGGAGGAGGCGUCCAUGGAUACGCUGGAUAACUUCAGCCCGAUGGAUACUACUGGCUUCAUCGCGAUCCAGAGCAUCCGGUUGAAGAAGUAUGGCCUUCAGCAGCAGGAGGCUGGUGCGAGUGGAUUUUCGGUUGGCAAGGAUAAUUUCGUCAGGGACACAGUCUAG